UGGAGGUCGGACGCUCCGAGCGCGAGGGUCGCCGGCCGUGCCCUGAGGGACAGAGAUGAUGCAGGCUCUGGAUGACGGACACGGACAAAGACGUCAAAAAAAGAGCAAGCGUUCCAGCAGAGAAAAAGACAGCGCAGAAAAAGGUGAGCACUCAUGCCGUCUGGACGGCGAGUCCUUAGAUGCCGUGAAAUCAAUUAUAGAUAAAGGCAUCGAAAAGGUGACGAAGCUCAUGGAGGAAAAGUUUAGAAGUAUGGAGAGACGUAUUGAAAUCAUGGAAGGUGAACUGUUCUUGAAAGAUGCCGAAACAAACGUACUGAAGGACAGAGUUAGCUCUCAAGAAGCUACCAUUAAGGCUCUACAGGAACAGCUAGAAGGCAUAGAUACCAACAGACGAAUGAACAGCCUGAUACUCAAGAGCGAGGAAUUUGGAAAAAGAGAGCGCGAUGAAGAUAUCGAAGGAAAGGUGAUAUCUGUCCUCAAUCGACGCCUCCCUGAGGUACAUGUCACCGGCAGCGACAUCCAGACCGCUCACAGACUCCAGGGUGACAGCACAGUCAUUGUAAAGUUUUUCAAGACCAAGGUUAAGGACGACAUUUACGAGAGAAGGAUGAAGCAAGCCAGAGUACAAAACCAUGGAGAUCGACCGGCGGCACCUCUCUAUAUCAAUGAGUCGUUAUCAGCUAUGAACAAGGAGAUCUUCAACGCUCUGCUCGAAGCAAAAAAGCGUAAAAAAAUCUACACCGUGUACUCAAGGAGAGGUGCGGUCUUCUGCAAGUUGGACAGCGAGUCUCGAGGUCAGAAGAUGGUCAGCAUGGACCAGGUGACGUCACUCCUCGGCGGGGCCGCCCGUCCCGACGGCCGGCGUCCGGCGGCGGCUGGCGGGGCCGAUGUCGAUCGCUCCGGUGCCGCUGCUGCUGCUGAUGUUCGUGCCGUCCGCGACGCAAACGACGACGGCGGCGGCGGAGCGCGCGGGGGCGCCCUGGACGCGCGGCUGGCGCCGGCGGCGUGGCGCCUGGCGCGACGUCUGUACCUGGACUAA